AUGGCUGCUGAGCGGUCGGGACUGAUCUGCCCAAAGGGGCUUUUAGAUGAGCGGCUCGAUCAACUUCUUCGACAGUUCUGGGAAGUGGAAACCUGCACCGAUCCGAUUGUGAAGGCGUCAAAGGAAGAACUGGAUUGCGAGAGUCACUUUGUUAAAAACUUCGCUCUACGUCGAUUCCAGUCGUUAGAGAGGAAACUGUCUCAUCACCCCGAACUGCGCACUCAGUAUUCGGCCUUCAUAAAGGAGUAUCUUAACCUAGGUCAUAUGUCCCUGGUUCCGCCGGAGUUGCAUCAAGACUGCAAACAUUUUCUGCCACAUCACUGUGUGCUAAAGAAGGACAGCACCAUGACGAAACUUAGUGUGGUGUUCGACGGUUCCGCUGUUACCACCUCCGAUCAGCUGCUGCUUUCGUUUUCUUCACUUCAGUCCACUUCGAAGACGUCUCGACGUUCUGUCCUGUCAUCAAUAGCGCGGUUAUACGAUCCGCUGGGCCUUGUUGGUCCAGUGGUUACUAAAGCAAAAAUAUUCUUGCAGAAGCUGUGCCGAGAGCAUCUUUCUUGGGAUGAAAGCUUACCUCAGGGUUUUUACACCGAGUGGCAGGAUAUCUGCCGGAGCUUCAGUCACGCCCAACGUGCAGAAUUUCCUCGGCUGGCACUUACGUCUGGAGCACUUUUGGAGAUUCAUGGAUUUUGUGACGCCAGCAUUGAAGCCUACGGAGCAUGUGUCUACAUAGUUUUCAGGUCGCCAGGGGCUGAGAGCCGCCUUCUAUGUGCGAAAUCUCGAGUAUCGCCUCUUAAGACGUUAACUGUGCCGAAGUUGGAGCUGGCUGGAGCUGAGUUGUUGUCGAGAAUGAUGGCAGAGGUUCAUAGUCUAGGCGCUUACAGAGGAAAGUAUUUUUGUUGGUGCGACUCUUCAACCGUGUUAUCGUGGAUUCGGGAGGAGCCAAACAUCCAAAAUCUGACGAAUUCCAUGGAGUGGCGAUAUGUGCCUACGUUGGAAAAUCCAGCAGAUAUCUUGUCUCGUGGAGCCCUUCCUACUGAGUUGAUCGGAUCCAGACUAUGGUGUCAGGGUCCGCCGUAUCUGUUAAAGACACAGGAGCACUGGCCUGUGACGGUAGUAGUCGAAAAGCCAGCGUUAGAGCCUCGCCCUUCAGUUUUAUUGCUCUUCAGCGAGUGUUUGCUUACGUCUAUAAGUUUGGCAGACGGGGUUCGGCAUAAAGGAAUUACCGUUCAUGAUCUCAAGGCGGGUACUCGCAUGCUUUUGUGGGCAGUUCAGCGCGCUAAUUUGGGUGAUGAAAUGAGGACGUUGCAAACAAAGGGAAUGGUUGCCUCCUCCAGUUCGCUGGCUUCGUUAUCCCCCUUUUUGGAUCAGUUUGGAUUGUUUCGAGUAGACGGGCGUCUCAAGAAUUCAUCCUUGGAUUACGAUGGUCGUCACCCAGUAAUUUUGCCCAGGAGCCAUCCGGUAACGCGAAGUUUAAUCCUUAGCUUUCAUGAGCGCAACCUGCACGCUGUACCUCGAUCGUUAUUGGCGAUGAUACGUUCUCAGUAUUGGCCGAUUGGGGGGAGAAAAACUGUGCUCAAGGCGACAAAUAAAUGUGUGAGAUGCUUUCGGAUGAAACCUCGUUUGUUGGAGCAUGUAAUGGGCGAUCUUCCGAAGGAGAGUGUGGAAGGUUAUCAAGUCUUCGAUGUAACCGGCAUCGAUUUUUGCGGUCCUUUCUUCUAUAAGUCGGAGGUUCGCAACAAGGCUCCCAUAAAAUGUUACAUUAGCGUCUUCAUUUGUUUCACGACAAAGGCCGUCCAUUUAGAGCUGAUCUGGUCCGACAACGCCACCAAUUUCGUUGGAGCCAAAAAUCAGUUGAGCGAAUUAAAGAGACUAUUUCUUAGCGACGAGCACCAGAGAUCUGUCUUGGAUUUUUGCCUUCCAGAAUCCAUCGAGUGGAAGUUUAUCCCUCCCCGUUCUCCCCACUUUGGCGGCUUGUGGGAAGCUGCUGUUAAGACCGCCAUGUAUCAUUUUUAUAGAGUCGUGGGCUCGGCUGUACUAAAAGCCGACGAUUUGCAGACGCUUUUGUACAAUAUUGGUGCAGUGAUUAAUUCCAGUAGACAGUAG